AUGGGGCUCGAAGGUGCCGAAACUCAUAUUGACAAGGAGCCCGUUGGUAUCAUCGUUUAUUCAGAUGGCCAUGAUUCAACUUAUCUGAAUGCCACUCAGCGUAAUCUGCGCGAGCCAUGCGAAUUCAAGAAUCGGGACCCCCAUCCUGAGCACCCACUGAAUGAAAAUUCCGAUAUAAAGCAUUAUGAAAGAAAAGAAUGUGACGUAGAAAGUACGGAUGAGGUUACAAAACUCUGUCAAGUUGAGGCACACGAGAAGGAUGUUCUGAGCUUCAAUCAUGGUGAAUUGAACCUGUCAGGGGAAAGCGUGAAGAAUGAGAAUAAAGUCAUAGUUGGUGAUGAUAAGACGAUAGAUUGUGUUGAAAAGAGUGCCAAAACUGCCGUUGGUAACUGCAGAAACAAAUUCACAGUCCCACAGCCAUUUGCAAUGGCAACUGAAAAACGGGCAUCAAUUGGACCUCGUCUCUGUGGGACUGAGGGUGACAAUACAGAAACAGGAGAUAAGUUACCAAAAAAAUUCUCACCUGUUUUACAAAGAAAGCCAUUGCAACCUACAAACAAGAAGCACCCCGAUGGAGAUACUUGUUCAGUUGCCUCAUUAAAUGGGGCUUCAAUUUGUAAAAUCAAGCCAGCAAUUGUUGCUUCAGCUCCUGUGUUUAAGAGCACAGAACGUGCAGAGAGGAGGAAGGAGUUCUUCUCAAAAUUAGAGGAGAAGCAUCAAGCAUUGGAAGCAGAGAAAACAAAAUGUGAAGCCAGGACUAAGGAAGAGGCUGAGGCAGCAAUCAAGCAACUAAGGAAGAGUUUGAUGUUCAAGGCAUGCCCAAUGCCCAGCUUCUACCAUGAGGGCCCACCUCCCAAGGUUGAACUCAAAAAGCUGCCUCCAACUCGUGCGAAAUCGCCAAAAUUGGGACGAAGAAAGACUUCUCGUGUCGCAAAAGUAUCAGGGGAGGCAAACAACAUGGCUCGUGAGAGUUUCUCAAUAUUCAGAGACAGCCCCUCCGUUGCAUCCACAAAUGGGAAACCUAAAAGUAAUGCAAGAAAUGGUAAUGCUUCAUCCAAAACUAGGGAACUACCAACCAAACAAGGACCAAAAAUGGACAAGGCUUUCAAAACGAAUCCGAUUGAAGAGAAACAUGCAGCUGUUAAUGUUAAUUCAUGA